UUUUUCACAACAAAACCGAACUCCAAAAUAUCGCGAUAAAUCGGAAGAAGAUUUUCAAAUCUUCAACCUCCGUUUAUCUCUCCGUCGAGAAGACCAACAAUCUCUCUCUGUCAAUACAGAGGGGGAUAUACGUUUUCCACAUCAUCAUGGUCAGAGAAAAAGAUGUGUGUUGGGAAUAUGCAGACAAAUUGGAUGGAAAUAAGGUCAGAUGUAAAUUUUGCAUGAGGGUUUUGAAUGGUGGCAUCAGUAGAUUGAAGCAUCAUUUAUCCCGUCUUCCAAGUAAAGGUGUAAAUCCAUGUAGCAAAGUGAGAGAUGAUGUUACUGAUAGGGUAAGGGCUAUAAUAGCCUCAAAGGAGGAUGUCAAAGAAACACCAGCUACUAAAAAACAACGGGUAGCAGAAGCUAAAUCUCCUGGAAAUUUAUCUGCAAGUAAAUCUCUUAUGCCUUUGGAUGCACCCUCUCCGAUGACAAAAGUUUUCACUACUGUAACACCAAUGGGAAAUUCCCCUUUAAGCAACCAAGAAAAUGCUGAGAGAAGUAUUGCUCUGUUCUUCUUUGAGAAUAAGCUGGACUUUGCUGUUGCCCGCUCGUCAUCCUAUCAACAAAUGAUUGAUGCAAUAGGAAAGUGUGGUUCAGGAUUUAUUGGUCCUUCGGCAGAAACUCUGAAGACAAUUUGGUUGGACAGGAUCAAAUCUGAAGUGAGCCUACAGUCAAAAGAUAUUGAAAAAGAAUGGGCUAUGACAGGUUGUACUAUAAUUGCUGACACAUGGACUGACAACAAAUCCAGGGCUUUGAUUAAUUUUUUGGUUUCCUCGCCAUCCAGAACCUUUUUCCUCAAGUCUGUAGAUGCAUCCUCCAAUUUUAAGAACACAAAAUGCCUGGCUGAUUUAUUUGACUCUGUCAUUCAAGAUUUUGGCCCAGAAAAUGUUGUGCAGAUAAUCAUGGAUAGUAGUCUCAACUAUACUGGAAUUGCAAACCAUAUUUUGCAGAAUUAUGGAACCAUUUUUGUGUCUCCCUGUGCUUCUCAGUGUUUAAACAUAAUCUUGGAGGAGUUCUCUAAGGUAGAUUGGGUAAACAGAUGCAUUUUACAAGCACAAACUGUAUCAAAGUUUAUAUACAAUAAUGCAUCAAUGCUUGAUCUAAUGAAAAAAUUGACCGGGGGCCAAGAACUCAUUAGGACUGGUAUAACGAAAUCUGUGUCGAAUUUCCUGUCAUUGCAAUCUAUGUUGAAGCAAAAAUUGAGGUUGAGGCAUAUGUUCAAAAGCCCUGAAUAUUCUACAAUUUCCUCCUAUGAAAGUAAGCCACAAAGCGCAUUUUGUAUUGCCAUUGUUGACGAUAAUGAUUUUUGGAGGGCAGUGGAAGAGAGUGUCGCCAUUUCUGAGCCCUUUCUGAAAGUAUUGAGGGAAGUAUCUGGAGGAAAACCUUCGGUGGGAUCAAUUUACGAGCUAAUGACCAGGGCGAAGGAAUCAAUAAGGACAUACUAUAUAAUGGAUGAGAAUAAGUGCAAGAUAUUUCUAGAUAUAGUUGACAGAAAGUGGCGGGACCAACUUCAUUCUCCUCUACAUGCAGCAGCAGCCUUUUUGAACCCCAGUAUUCAGUAUAAUCCAGAAAUAAAAUUUAUUGGAUCCAUAAAGGAAGACUUCUUCAAGGUUCUGGAGAAACUGCUCCCCACGCCUGAUACAAGACGCGACAUCACCAAUCAAAUUUUAACCUUUACAAGGGCAAGUGGGAUGUUUGGUUGUAAACUAGCAAUGGAAGCUCGAGAAACAGUUUCACCUGGGCUUUGGUGGGAACAAUAUGGCGACUCUGCACCUGUGCUGCAAAGAGUUGCCAUUAGGAUACUGAGCCAAGUGUGCAGCAGUUUUACCUUCGAGAAACAUUGGAGCACAUUUCAGCAGAUUCAUUCGGAAAAGCGGAACAAGAUUGAUAAAGAAACAUUGAAUGACCUAGUGUAUAUAAAUUACAAUCUCAAGUUAGGAAGAACAAAAUCUGUAGAAGCUGACCCUAUACAAUUUGAUGACAUUGACAUGACUUCUGAGUGGGUAGAGGAGAGUGAAAGCCCAACUCAAUGGUUUGAUCGGUUUGGUUCUGCUUUAGAUGGGAGUGACUUGAAUACAAGACAGUUCAAUGCUUCCAUUUUUGGAGCAAAUGACAAUUUAUUUGGCUUGUGAUUGAUUUUGUAAGCAUCAAUGUUGUAUUUGUAGGAUGCCCUUGUAAUUGUUCUUGCUCUACAUUCUAAUAGGUUGUGGAAAUUUAGAACUUAUGAAAAAUAAUAACAAAG